UAAGGGGAAUCAUCUUCUUAGAUCAUCAUAUAUCAACAUCACCUCAGUUGUUGUUUGUUAAAGCUAUAAGAAUGAAUGAAUGGUAAACAGUCAAUUCGAUGCCUUUAACGGUGACAGUGCGGCUGUGUACCAUGAGAUUCAUGAGGCUACUAAUACUUUAAGUUCGAUCGCAUCAAAUUAUCGACUUGUAAUAAGCAAAAGUUGUCGUGUCGUGUAAAUUAAAAAUGGACUGUCAAAAGCACAAGAUAUGCAUAGUCUCCGAUUUUUUCUACCCCAACAUGGGUGGUGUCGAGGAGCACAUAUUCAAUCUGUCCCAAUGCCUACUGGACAAAGGACACAAGGUUGUCAUAUUGACACACUCCUAUGGCAACCGAGUGGGAAUUCGAUACAUGACAAAUGGCCUGAAAGUCUACUACUUGCCGAUCAAGGUCUUUUACAAUCAAUGUGUAUUGCCUACUAUGAUCUGCUCCAUUCCUCUGAUUAGGUACAUUUUUAUCAGGGAGGAGAUUCAAAUUAUUCAUGGCCAUUCGGCCUUCUCAGCAUUAGCGCAUGAAGGAAUGUUAAUUGGUCGUUUGAUGGGCUUGAAGUCUGUGUUCACAGAUCAUUCACUGUUUGGCUUUGCUGAUGCCUCUGCUGUAUUAACAAACAAAUGCUUGGAAAUGUCCUUGGCUGAUUGUGAUCACUGCAUUUGUGUUUCCCACACAGGAAAAGAAAAUACUGUUCUGCGAGCCAAAGUUCAAAAGGAAAAGGUUUCCGUCAUACCUAACGCUGUGGAUUGUGCUUUAUUUACUCCUGACAUUAGUAAAAGGAGCAAAAAUUGUAUUACUAUAGUUGUAGUGUCACGAUUAGUGUACCGAAAAGGUGUUGACUUCCUGGCAUGUAUCAUACCAGAAAUAUGUUCACGUUAUAAAAACGUACAAUUUCUCAUUGGAGGUGAUGGCCCCAAGAGAUGGCUUAUAGAAGAAAUUAGAGAGAGAAAUUUAUUGCAGCAUAGAGUCACGCUAUUAGGUAGCUUAGAGCAUUCACAAGUCAAGCAUGUACUCAAUAAAGGUCACAUUUUCCUCAAUACUAGUCUUACCGAGGCUUAUUGCAUGGCAAUAGUUGAAGCUGCAUCUUGUGGCUUACAAGUAGUUUCUACUAAAGUUGGUGGCAUCCCUGAAGUUUUGCCACCCGAUUUAAUUUACUUAGUUGAGCCAAAUGUUCCUGCUUUAAUUGAAGGCUUGGAGCAAGCCAUUGCGGAUUACCAAGCUGGUAAAGUAAUUUGCCCCCAGGAGGUGCACAAAAGAAUUGGUUCUUAUUACAAUUGGCACAACGUUACCAAAAGAACGGAAAUAGUUUAUAACAGGGUGCGCAAGGAAGAAAAAAGAAACUUGGGAAAGCAGUUAGCCAAUUACAUUAAGAGUGGAGUUUUGCCUUAUCUACUUGUUGUAUCUUGGUGCUACUUAGUCCUUCAAUUUUUGGAAUAUUUUGUACCUCGCAAGUAUAUAGAUAUUGCCAAAGAUUACGGGCAAUGCAUAAAAUCAUCGGAAAGCGAAAAAAUAAAAACAAACGAGAAUGAUAAAAGAUGAACAAUAAUUGAAAAAAUUCUUAACAUUCCGUUUUUUAAUAAAGAUUUAUAGCAAAAGCAAAGCCAUACAAGACUAAAAAGUACAGUUUGAACGUCAGUUUUUUAUAUAAGGAAACGUUCUAGUCCAAUUGUACAUACGAAUUAUAAUUAUCAUGUAUAUCAAAGUACAAAAUACUUAACCAAAUAUCUAGCCAUCAAAAUACACUAGUAUUUUUGUACUCAACUGUGUUCAUUUCUAAAAGUAACAAAAUAAAACUUGUAUUUUUGGGAAAUGAUUUUUAUUACAAUACAAUAACUGUUUUGUUGAUUCAAAAAUAUAAACUUUAAAUCUAUUCCAAACUAAAUGAUGGUUAAAAAAAGGAAAAUGAUGUUUGUUGUUGGAUGAUGAUAUGAUUGUUUUCUAUAAUAUUUAAUUCAUAAACUUUUCAACAGUCAUGCAAUGGAAGUCGGAAGUGUGUUAGUUUUACAAUAAUAGUACUAUCGUUUUUUAUUUUGCAUGCAUAUUGUUAAAUAAUGUUUUAUUAACACA